AUGGACACGGCUGUCACCAAUCUAAGCGCUCAUGCGAAGCCUUGGGCACCGAAUGGGCCAACCCAGCAGCAACCACCGCUGCAGCACCCUCGUAGCCACAGCAACCAGUAUAGCCAGGACAACGGCGUGAGUAGCGGGCACGGAUCCGGCGUGCAGCGAGGCAUGCGCGCGGGGGGGAAUGCGAACAACGGAUCCGUCAAGAACUUGGUGACCCCAGGGCAGCACCCCUACGAGUAUGGGAAUCUGAACGAGAUGCUGCACACCAUGCAGCAGCAACAGCCGCAGCAGCCGAAGCUGAGCUCGACGGCGGCAAAGCUCUUUGUAGGCCAGCUGCCGUUUGAGUGCACCGAGGAGCGGCUGCGCAACUUGUUCAGCGCGUACGGAAACGUUGAACACAUUCACAUCUUGCGCGACAACAGCAACCGCAGUCGCGGUGCCGCCUUCAUCACCCUCUCCACCGUGCAGGAGGCCGACACAGCCAUCUUUACUCUGCAUAACCGCUAUCGUAUGCUUACGAACCGCGCCAUUCAGGUCAGCUACGCCAAGAACAGCCCAAACAUUUCCCCCUUCGGCACCCACAGUGCGGUGGAGGUGCAUCAGUCAAAUCCAACGAACCCGCUGCCCGAUGUAGCAGGCCUCGCCACGCAGAUGUCCCGCCUGUUCUGA